AUGGGGUGGCUUAAGCUCAACUUCGAUGCCAGUGUCCUCAAUGGCAGGGCGGCUGGAGGAGGGGUCUUGCGCGACCAUUGGGGGAGGGUGGUCUGGGCAUACUAUAAGGAGUUUGGGGACUUGGAUGUGUUGACAGCGGAAGCACAGUCCCUUCUGGUCGGUCUGAAAUUGUGCCCUGAUUGUGGUGUUAGCUCAGUGAUUGUGGAAUCGGACUCGAAGGUGGUAGUUCAUUUAGUGGUUUCGAAAGUCUUGUCAAAGUGGCUGUUGUGCAAUGUCUUGCGCGAGAUCAGACACUACCUUAGCCGGAUGGAGGCAACCCUUCUUCAUGUAUUUUGGGAAGCCAAUGCUGUGGCGGACACUUUAGCUUCCCUGCAAUUGGGAGAGCAGCGGUUUUAUGAUUCACUCACAACCCUUCCUCCCAAAGCCAGAGGGGAGGCACGCCUCGAUUGCCAUGGAAUACCUCGAGUACGCUUGGGAAACGUUUGA